AUGGCAGAGUUCGCCUCAGCCAUCCUGAGUUUUGUUGUUGCUGGUCUUGCUUCGUGGAGGAGAAUCGAUCAAGUUGUCAACUCGAUAAAAAAUGCGCCGAGGAAUGUCGAACAUUGGAAAGUGGUGGGAGGAGUGUUGGCCGAGUCACUUCAUCUGAUGGACACGAGGAUCAGGGCUCGACAAGGUAAUUUGACAAGACCGGAACAGAACCUCUGCAAAGCCAUCGAUAAGUUCACAAGAGACUUUAUGGAUGAUCUCCAAAAGUUGGAAAGAACAAUAGACCCAAGAAGGAGUGGUAACAAAUAUUGGCUACCUCUCAAGCUGAAACUUCAAGAGGACCGCCAGUUGCUUGAACGUCUGAGUCGUAAUACCCAGAUCUUCCAGCUAAGUGCUAUUGGUCUAUCGUUAUUAGAUUCCCCUUCUGCACCUGCGUCUGGUCCUAUUGUUAGUGUCAACCGAGUCCAACAGUUUCUCGAGGGCAUCAGCGACGAAAAUCCCGAGAAACUAGACGAAGAUGAACAACCCGAUUUAAACAGAUGGAGGGAAGCGCUGUAUGAAGUCGCCGACGUAGCAGCUCAACGCGAAUUUCCGGACCCUGUGGCUGCCGAUGCCUCCCCGCCAGUAACACCAAAUACAUUCAGCAGAAACGAGGCAUCGAGAAGGCCUUCAGGUGUCAUCAGCCCUGAGGAGCUUAAAUAUAGGUUUGAAGCCGCCAUCUCUCGGUCAAAGCGCAUGUACGAAGCCGGAUUACCAAUGAUUGCAAAGAAGGCACACGAAGAAGCGAUACAGCAUCGAAAAGAGAUGCAGUCAACGGAUGAGGAUGCGAUUGCGACUUCGGUGUCGGUUUCGAUUCAGAUGGAGAUAUCCUAUAUCCGUAUCAUCAAAGCAUGUGUGCCAAACGUCAAAUCUUACGAAGCCCUUGCAUGGGAGCGAUUGAAGAAACUUAGAGAAAGUCUUCUCGACAAAUCUGACCUCGAUGUCAACCCCGAGUUUUGCGAUGAACAGGAACAGGUUGGAACCCUAUGCGCCGAACUACGCGACCGUGAGGAAGCAAUAGAGCUCCUGAGAUUAUCUCUCAAUACAUAUUUGUCUGAUCGCAGCAACAACUCGGACAAGAUACAGCGUAUAUCGAUGCUGAUAUGCGAACAAUACGAGUGUUUGGGACAAUGGGACAAUCUGGAUGCUUUUAAGAGGAUCUUAUCCAAGCGACUGCUGUAUGACCCUACUUCUGAGCCCAAUGCACUCGCAAAGACAAUCAACUGGUGUCACAAACAUGACUUUCAAGCCGCGGAAAUAGAAGGACGUCUUUCCAUACCUGAUGAGUACUUGGUUAACAGUACACUAAUCCACAAGGCAGCUGCAGACAUGGUCGUCGAGCCAGAGGUUAUUCAUCAACUGGUUCUCACAGUAUAUCAUGCAACUCCAGACACCAACGGUGAUACGCCUCUACUGGUGGCGGUUCAGCACUCAAACAACAUUGUACUGCGAGCACUAUUGCGAGUCACUGGCUCAGUCCAUGUAUGGGAUUCCAAAGGACGGACGCCGCUGCAUCGAUGUGAUACUGAACGUACGAUGGAGUUGCUUCUUGAAGAGAUCAAGAAGCCUGUGCACCAUUCGCCUUCUACAGAGCUGGGCUUCAAGUUGGUCCAUAUAGACUCAACUGACGCAUAUGGAACAACAGCUCUUCAUGAGGCAUGCGAUAGAGGGAACGAGAGCAUAGUAAGGCUUUUGCUACACGAGGGUGCGGACGUCAAUCUCGUCUCGGGGUUGAAUGAGACGCCAUUGAUGCUCGCUUGUGCUCCAAACGAGUACAAAGGCAGAAAGAAAUUGAGCAGGGACAGGCGACGGAUCUUAGAGAUGCUAGUGAACCGCAAUGCAGACACGACGUACAAAGACGGCCGAGGAAACCCGGCAGUAACCAAAAGUCUAAAGAUUAGAGGCUACAGCGAUGCUGAUAUUGAGAGAAUGUUGUCACCAGACCCGAGAAGAAGAUUUACUGGGAAUUUGGGGUAUGGAAGAAACUCAGACUCGACAGUUGACGAGUCUGAAAGACCAUCUUCCGUGGCGCUAAGCACAUCAAGUUCGCCCGUUGAACUGACGGGAGACAUCCCAACAAGGCCAUACGAACUGGACACAUCACCACCACAUUCCAACCGCAAUAUACCGACGCAUGAUACAUGGUCCAACCUUCAGCUGGCUGAGUUGGAAGGGUCCAUGUCGGGUGCAACAGCUGUAGAAGCAAAUUACGGGACAGUGAAUGGAACGGCUGAACUAUCGAACCAAAAAUUCCUUGUGACCGGUCCUAUGAAGAGUAUACGGCGAAAGAUGAGGAUACGGAGAGGUUGA